GCCUGAAGACUGUAGAACAAAUCCACUAUAUAUUUAUAUAUCUCUGUACAUUAAGAAGUUUUCUAAUCUUUCCUUUCUUUCUCAUUUUCACAUUUUCUUCUUUCUCUCUAAAUAUAUCUCGGUUGUUGUUGUGUUUAUCUCCAUCUGAUUUCUCUCAAUGACGAUCAAGCUACACGGAGCUCCAAUGUCGACGUGCACCGCUAAGGUUCUGACCUGCCUCCAUGAGAAAGGCAUAGAUUUUGAGUUUGUCCCCAUUAAUCUUCUAGCCGGCGAACAAAAACAACCUUCUUUCGUCGCAAAGAACCCUUUUGGUCUGGUUCCGGUAUUAGAAGAUGGUGAUUUUACCAUUUUUGAAUCAAGAGCAAUCACCUCGUACUUGGCCGAGAAAUUCAAGGACAGCGGCUGCGAUCUCAUCCGCCACGGUAACAUCAAGGAAUCGGCGAUGGUGAAGGUGUGGAUGGAGGUGGAAUCGCAGCAGUACAGUCCUGCGGUGUCUCCGAUUUUCUUCCAGUACUUCAUCGUGCCCAAGCGUGGUGGCUCGCCGGACCAGGCUAUCAUCGACGAGAGCUCGGGAAAGCUAGGGAAAGUGCUGGACGUGUACGAGCAAAGGCUGAGCGGCGCCAAGUACCUCGCCGGAGAUUUCUUCAGCCUGGCGGAUCUGCACCACCUGGGUCUGACUUUCUAUUUCAUGAAGACACCGUGCGCGAGGCUGAUAAACGAGCGUCCCCAUGUGAAGGCGUGGUGGGAGGAUAUUUCUUCCAGGCCGGCGUUCCAGAAGGUCGUUCCGGGAAUGACGUUGGGGGCCAAAUGAAUUUCUAGAAAUUCUUUGGUCGAAAGGGAAAAUUAAAUAAUGUUAGAGGCCUUCAAAAUAAAUGUGAAAAAUGGUAGGCCUCAAAGACUCUGACAUGCAUAUCGGUGCAUUUUACUGAGUACCAUUCUGGUUUUUGAUUGGCGAUAUUAUUUUUGUUCUGUCUAAUUAGGAAAUCGUAUUUUACUU